CACUUUUAAUCCUUUUUUUAUUGUUGUAGUUCUAGUUUGUGUUUUCCUGUACUUAACAUGUGGUGCAGCAGGGGCAAGAAAAGAAGUCAUUCGAAAUAAAAUCAGAGCAAUUGGGAAAAUGGCUCGUGUGUUUUCUGUAUUGAGAGAAGAGAAUGAAAGUGUUCUCCAGUUGAAGGGCUUGACACCUAGUGGAAAUCUACCUCUGGGCAUUCUUUCUGGUGGAAAAACAGGUGUAAAGAAUGUCCUUGCUUCAGGAAGGAUCUCACCACAACAUGAAAUUUCAUCUUUUGAGGAAGCUAAAGGCUUAGACAAGAUCAAUGAAAGAAUGCCACCAAGGAAGGAUGCCCCUUCACUGACCUCACCACCAGAACAAGGAACAUCAGGGGCAGUUGAAGAGAUGAAUCGGCCUCAUGAUAAUGCGAUUCCCAAUAAUUCUUGAGAUUGUGGAAAAACUGCAGGAUCUGAUACAGAAUAUCCAGAUCUAGGAAAGCUGGCAGAGAGUAGAUAAGCUCAUUCUUCUCUCUGUCAGCCAUGCAGCACACCCCUAUAUUCCAGCCAUAGAAGGAUGGGUUUCAGUUUGCAUUCUGUUGAACCUAUAUGUAAAGCAGGCACUGUGUGUCUGCUAUUGCUUUUCUUAUAUUUACCUAUAUUUUGUUAUUGUUAUAAUUUUUAAGGUUAUGGUUACUGAGACUGCUAAAAAUGAGAGUUAAAAGAUAUGGGAGUUCUGCCACUUUAGGUACCCAUCAAUAUCUGGGUUUAGGCAUUUAAGACAAUCAUUGUAUUGAAAAAUGAAGGACCUGUCAUGGUGUGUUAAUUCUUCUGGAUUCUAACUACUAACAUUUAUUCUUGCUGUGAUUUCUCCAUUAAUGUUAUUAAAUGUUGUAUCAUGUAUUGAGAAUUUUUUGUGUUCAUUUAGUGGUAUGACAGUUUUACAGUAAUAAAAUGAAUUGAUGUUAACUACUGUUUUUCACGUUUUUGCUAUAGAUAUACUCCGUGAUUUAGAAUAGUCAGAGGAAAGUGGGUAACUGUUUGAAAAGUUUUGAAUCAUGAAACCUGAAAUAAUGUUUUUCACUUUAUGCCAUAAAAAGGUGUACUUACUUCUAUAGAAAACUAUUUUGUACAUGUGACCUUUUAAGUUAAAGUAUCAUUUGGUUGUUAUUAUUUGUAAAUUUUUAUGGUUAACUAUCAAAACCACAAUUAUGAAUUCCAAAUUAAUGUAAUUUCAUACUUGUGUUUUAUAUUAAUGGUUGAAAAUUAAUCCUUUACACAGUUUCCUUGCAAAGGUUGUAACAAAUUUAAGUAUAUAUAUAUAUGUUGUUUUUAAUGUGUUGUUUAAGAAUUAUACAAGCUCAGAUUGUUUGUACUAAUAUAAUGUCUGUUAAUAAUAAACAUUUAUUAAGGUAUUAUUGAUAAGAUUUUAUAGUAGUUUCUGACACCUUUUAAUUAAAAAUCCAUUGUAUCUUUUGUUUUUAAUUAAUUAAACAAUAUUAGUUUGCACUUAACAAUGAAGACAUUAGUUUUCUUGAGACUGUAGUUAUUGCCAUGUAAAAUUUUAACAACAAUUAAAUGUUUCAAAUUUUAGAAUGAAUACUAGCUAAAAUUUCAUAAGUCAUUAAUAAUUAGUUAUAGUUCACACACUAGAAGACUUUAAAGUAAACAUAACUUAUUAAUUUAAAGAAAUAACAACAAAUUAUUAAAAAUAUUUAACUAAAAAAAUAGCUUUUGGAAACAGUACAAAUACUUUGGUUUAAAUAUCAAAUGGAUAUAAUUUGGUUAGACAUACAUAUUUCAUGUUUUCUAAAUCUAUGAAUAAGCUAUUUGUUUGGAUUUAUAACAGUACUGUUUUGUACAUUAUUUGUUGAGUUUAAUAGAUUUCAGUGAAUGAUAUAUUUUGUUUGUGUGUGUGUAUAUAUAUAUAUAUAUAUAUAUUAACUUUUUUUUGUAAUUAAUAAUUGUUGCAGUAGAGAUCAUUGUUUUUAUAUUAAUAAACCUAUUCAAUGGCUGAUAAUAGUACAUAGGUUUAAAUUUUAAAAUGGCUUUAAGUUCAUUUAAGCUUAUACUGACUACAGAUUUAUUGAAAAUAUUAAUUCUCAUAAGUUUUUUAAUGAUGUUUAAUGUACAGAAAAAUUGCAUGUUUCUAAAAUAUCCUGAAACCAGAGCAUUGGUCUGCAUGAUAUAAAAUAAUAACAUAACAUAGGUCUGUAUAAAAGCAAUUUUUAACUGUAAUAAUGAUGGUUAUUUGCCUUAUUUUGGGCUGGGACAUGAUAUUGGAAAAUUACUUUUUCUCUCAAGAAUUGCCAAAGCUAUUUACAAUUUUUUUUUCCGAUUAUCCAAUAUAAAACAUUGCUAUAAAAUUGGUGUUCAGAAACAAUUCUAAUGGUCUGGGAAACAAAUCCAACUUUAACAUAAUUACUACUCCUGGUGUCAUGGAAUAUUUUUUAUUACAAUGUGUACUGUUAACUUCUUUAAAAUGAGGAACAAGUGUCCUUGCAUUUAAUUUGUGUUCAACAUUUGCUGGUCUCAAAUGAAUAGAAAAUUUACAUGAUUUAUUGAAAAUCUUUUUUUUUAUUGAUAUUUAUUGACUAGAUUUUAACUGCAAUAGUAGUUAAUAAGUAAUUAUUGUUAUAUGAUAAAUGUGUACUAACUAAGGUUUUUUUAAAAUUAGUUUUAAAGUAAAAUUCUUUAAGCUUUUCAAUAAAAUUUCAAUGCACUUUAACAAUUCCACUGUAGGAAAACUGUUUGACAGUUUGUUUGCAAUGAUAUGGGACAUGAGGACUUAAUGCUUAUCAUAACUUGAAAUACACUUUGAUUUGAACAAUCUCUUCUAUUUUGAGAUUUAAUUUUGUACUUUCUAGCAAUAUCUUAUGCAUAAAUGCAGCUGAAAGAGUACAGUAAGUUUAUGGUUUUUGUUUUAAAGAUUAUUCUCUCAGAAUUUUUGCAGUGAAAUUCAAUAUUUCCUUGGUGAAGGUAAGAAUUAUUUGUAGGUUUGAUUAUUGUAGAAGGAAUUUUUCAUUCCACAUUCAAAGCAUAUAAUUACAAAGGUUAAUCCUACAUAGCAAUCUAUCAAACAAGUACAAAAAUAAUAUUGUUGUUUUUUUAUUAUAAAGAAAUCUAUGUAAUUCUUGUAUUAAAUUAAUAAUAAUGAGUUUAAGUAACAUUUUCAAGAAAAUGUCAUAAGUGCAUAUUUACAUAUUGGCAUUACUGUCAGCUAUAUCCAUAUAUGUACAAUAAGGAUUACGAAACAAAAUGAGAAAGAUAGUUAAAUAUUUCAAAGAGUAUUAAUUGCCCUAGCUUUAAGCUUUCACAUUUAAUUUUCUGAAGUUCACAAUAGUCAUAUAUAAAAAAUGUUCAUGUAAACUGAUGUUAUGAAAUAUAACAUUAUGAAGGGUUUUGUAUAUAUAAUCAGUAUAUAAAGUUGGAGUAAGUGUGUAGUUGAGAUAUUUUCUAAUUUGGCAGUGAUGAUUGUGAAAACCUGGAAAAUAACCAGAAUCUAGAAAACUAAUCAUCUUGGUCGUGAAGCUGGUUAAUACCUUUUAUAGUAUGCUUUAAAAUACUGGCAAAAGAUUGCUCUGGUUAAAAAGGUCUAAUGUAGCAUUAUGAAGAAAUAUACAAAGAUAUAGGACAAGAUGUCUCUUCAAGAAGUACUCACUGUUAAUGGUAAGGGCAGUUCUAGUAAGCUACUUGAGUGCACCAUGCUGGCCUGUAAGAUUUUGUGACAUUACGUAAUGAGCACAAGUUCCAUAUUAAGAAAUUGGCUCUGUAGAAAGAAGUAGUAGUCAUUUAAAAACUACAUAUUGUUCUCUUUUCAAUUGGAAUUAUAAUGGAAAGUUUGUUCUUUAUAUAAAUAAACCUUCAUAUGUUUACAUAAUAAUGGAACUGAACAUCUUAAAUGCUAAACUACAUAUGUUUGAGCAUGCAGUAUAAUUAUUCAAUAUGGUUCUGGAAAAUGUAUUUAUAUAAGAAAAACAAAUUGAGUUUUGGAGAGAGUACAUAUGUAACUAACUUUAGUUUAGAAGUUCCAGAUGAUAUAUUUGUAUAUACGUAUUGAGCAUUCUUGGCUUAAGCAUUUGUAAUGUUUUGCUGUAAGUACUAGGUAACAUACAUAUUUAAUAUUUACAAGGCCUUGUUCAGGUAUAAUGUGUACAUUGAGGAGAUUUAGUUAACCAACAAAAAUGGGCAAUAAACCCACUAAUCAGGAUAAUCUGUUUUAGGUAUAAUAAAGCCCUUCAUGUGAUAAUUUGAGACCAAAUUAUCAAAUUUUGUAUAGUUUCACUUAUUAAUUGUUAAAAUUCAACUGCAUGCAACUUUUUCUGCUGUGAAUUUUCAGAUCUGUAUAAGUAUCUAUAUAUAUAUACUUAUUGCCAAGCUUUUCCAUACUUACAGUAUUAUAAAACUUGUUCAAGUUCACCUCCUUUGAGGGACUCUUGGUUUAUGCUUUAUAUAUAACUGUGUAUAAUGAUGUAAUGGCUACUCUGGUCCUAGUGAUGGUGUACAACUUGUUUCUGUUGUAACUAUCAGUGUAGCAGCAUUCUUUAGAUUAUAAAAAAAGCUGAAACCUUUAUUUUAGUGUGUUGAUAGAAGAACUUUGUAGCCUAGUGGUGUGGUGAGACUUCCAGUCUUCUCAGUAGAGAAACUAACUUAAUUAAAACUAUGCUUCCAGUAGCAGUUUAUAAUAUUUCAAGUUUUCUUCUGUGCUGAACUGGUGAAACUUUUCAAAUUAUAUAUACAUGUGUGUGUAUGUAUAGAAAUUUGUGUGUGGACUAGAUUGUGCUAUGUCUUUUUGCCUUGUUUUUAAAAUACCAAACAUGAAUCAUGUAUAUUUACAUAUGUAUGUAAAUUAUUCACACCUUUAUUCAUAUUACAGAUGUGCAUUUACUUUCCUCCACUUUUUGUACGUUGUUUAGCAUGUUUCUUUUUUUAUAUAUAUAGUAUAUUUAAGUAUUAUACUUAAAAUUUUUUGUUAUAAGGAAUGUAAUAAUGAAAUCUGCCCUCAUUAAUUGUGGAAGAAAUGUUUUAUCUUGCUUUCUUUGGUCUAUGAAUGUCAUCUAAUUUCUAUUUAACAUGUUUAAUGUCUUAACAUGUUUAGCAGUAAAUAAUAAUGUAACUUCUGAUAGAUUAACCAGUACGUUUUUGUGGGUGUGCAGAUGUUUUGAAGACAUUUUUUCAUAUCAUAUAAAUGUUUCCAACCUCUGUAUGUUGUGACCUGUUGUAAUUGUUUUGUGUUUAAUAAAGUUUGAACUCUUAACAAAUCAA